AUGAAGUUCACCGCUGCCGCCUCUCUCGCCUUCAUCGGCGCCGUCGCCGCCCAAAACUCCACCACUGCCGCCACCGGCUGUGUUGCCAAGUACAACACCUGCAGAACCACCCCAGUCGAUGGUCUUUCCGCCAACCAGGCUUACUGCGCUUCUCAGAAUGCUCAGUGCCAGGGUGACUGCUAUGCUGCUCUGAACACCUGCAGAAGCACCCCUGUCGAUGGCCUCUCUGCCAACCAGGCUGCUUGUGUUGCCGAGUAUGCUACUUGUCUCGGCGAGAACCCUAUCGCUAGCACUGGCGGUCUCAUCUCGACUUUGAUUCCCUACAGUGCUACUGCUUCUAGCAGUGCUACUGUUGCUUCCGCCUCUGGCAAUUCUAGCAUGGUUUACACUACUGAGGUUGUUACUGCGUAA